GUCGUCUGUCCUAUGCGGCUCCGCUCCAAAGAGGAUAUAUAUAUAUAUAUAUAUAUAUAGAGAGAGAGAGAGAGAGAGAGAGAGAGAGAGAGAGGAGCCGUGGAAGGGAGCGGAGGAAUCGGAAAGAAAGCUGUAGCUGCGUGAAAUUGGACUAGCUAGCGAGAGAUCCUUUUGAUUUGAUCACCUCUUUCUUUCUUUCUUUCUUUCUUUCUUUGUGGCGUGGUGAGGGUUAUGGACGCCCAAUCGCGAAACAAGGCGUUGUUUCGAGCCAAACUGAUUGCACUGAAGAAGGAGAAGCAGCGUAUUGAAUCUCCUCUCGUAAGGUAUAACGAAUCCGAUCAGCCAGUAUGCAGAGUGUGUGAGGUUGUCCUCAAGUCUAACUCCCAUUGGGAUGCCCACCAAGCCUCCCGUAAACAUCAUGAGGCAAUCUCGGCCCUCAAGGCCAACGCUGCUGGGUUGUCUCGGUCCACCAAUAAAAGCAAUGAAUCCCAUUAUGAGCUGCCUAGACCAAGACCUGAACCUCCAAAGGAGCUGCCGCAGCAGACUGCUCCCCAACCGUCAACUGAAUCUCCCAAGAUCAAGGCCUCAUCUGGACUCCCCCCGGAUUUUUUUGAUAAUGAUGAUACUAAGAGGCCUAAACCCGGGGGUCUGGCCCACGCUCAGGCUGGUGACUCAAUUAGAGCAGAAGAUGAUGCUACUGGUGUACGACUUGAUAAUGUCUCGAUGCCUAGCAGUAGCCAGUCACUUGGGCAGAUCAGCAAGGUGUCAAAGCAGAACGUGCCUCUAGAGGGCAAGCGGGGAAAAGGAGCGCUUCCUGAAGGUUUUUUUGAUAACAAGGAUGCUGAUUUACGUGCUCGUGGUGUUAAUCCUGUGAAGAUAGAUGUUAGGGACGAGUACAAAGAGUUUGAGAAGCUAAUCCAGGAGGAUCUGCAGGAGGUUGAUGAUCGCCUGGAAGAAGAGGAGAUUGAUGCAGCUGAAAUGAUAGAGGAGGCUGAAUCUGUGGAGCAAAAAACUUACCGAGAGAGAGUGGAGGUUCUGCAGAAGAAGAAGAUAGAAUUGAAGGCUGCUAGAUCUGCUAAACGGAGAAGGCAUCCGGAAAAGGUCAGUGAGGAGGCUAGCCCGGACGAAUCGUCAAGUGAUGAAGAUACAGUUGAGAAUUUUGCAGUUGAUUGGAGGGCUCAGCAUCUGUAAGCAGUAGCUGCAUAUCUCGAUCCUUGCUGCAGGUGAACGAAUCAACUGUUCAACUUACCUUUAUGGAGCAACCAUAAUAUUGGAGACUCGAGAGGGUAAAUUAGAGUGCGCACAAGGCGUAUUUUGGGGUCAGAGCUGAGUUAGUUUUGGUUAAUGGUCGUGCUGACCUCCGGUAAAGAAAGGAAAUGCUGGCUAGCUAACCUACCUACCUACCAUCUGUCAGUAGCGGGUGUUCUUCAUUGUGCCCCACUUAGACGUCAACUUCUUCUCUCUCUCUUUUUUAUAUCUUGAUUGAGAUGAUAAUUGAUUAUCAUCAAAAUUGCUUUCUAAUGCUAUUUAACACGUUGUCAA